GUGCGAAAUAGAAAGGAAACGGGAGUGGAGACGACGCUCAUUAUAUUUUGAGUAUUUACAGUAAAAAAGAAGUGUCUUUUUCGGCAGGAUAAAAAGCGGACAUACAGACAAACCGCUGGCUCCUUUCCAGUGAUGUCGUCUACGUGGUGGGAGCAGUGGCCCCUGCUGUUCAGUAAUGGUAGCUCUUCCCAUGGCUUCAUCGACAACAGUAGCUGCUUCAGCUCCACACAGAGCACUGUCCUGAACGGAGUCCCUUUUGGAGGAGUGCCAGUUGUGCUAUUGAUCAACUUCUGCGUCUUUCUGGUGUUGGUGCUUCUCUUCUCCAUUAUAAGGAGGAAGUUCUGGGACUAUGGACGUCUAGCGCUGUUUGCAGACAAAGAAGGGUUCACUGAGUCAACGCAUCGUCGCUAUGGACACAUGUCAUCUGUCAAAUCCAACGUGGAUGACCCUGAGUAUGAAAUGGGCUUCUGUUCUUGGCUGCCGUACAUCCUCAGAAUGGAUGAUGAAAAAAUAAAAGCCAAAUGUGGCAUGGACGCCGUUCACUACCUGUCCUUCCAGCGUCAUCUCAUUGUCUUGCUGUUGGUCAUUACCAUCGCGUCCCUCUCAAUCAUACUGCCUGUCAACCUUACGGGAGACCUGCUGAACAAUGAUCCGUGGAGCUUCGGAAGGACAACUGUUGGGAAUCUUCAAAAGGACAACAACCUGUUGUGGCUGCACACAGUGCUUGCAGUCGUUUACCUGACCCUGACAGUUGUUCUGCUGAGACGUCACACAUCACAAAUGAAAGGCGUGCGCAGAGAGACAGCAAGAACCACCUUGUUUGUAUGUUCAGUCCCCAAAACAGCAUCAGAGGAGGAUGUAAAGACCCAUUUUACAGAGGCGUACCCUUCCUGCCAAGUGUGUGCUGUCACCCUGAGCUAUGAUGUGGCCAAGCUCAUGCACCUUGAUAAGGAAAGGAUACGAGCUGGUAAGAACCUGCGCUACUAUGAACGUGCCUUUGACAAAACAGGUCAGCGUGAAAUGAUUAACCUCCAGCUGUGCAGCCAUCUCUGUUGCUGCUCCAACUGUGAGAAGGUUGAUGCCAUAGAGCACUACAGCAACAAAGAGAAAAACUUGCUGGAAGAGGUGAGGCAGCAGGUAGAAUUGGUGCCACAGCGCCCCCUGGGGAUCGCCUUCGUCACCUUGCAGACAGAGGCAAUGGCCAACUACAUUUUGAAAGACUUCAAUGCACUCCAGUGUGGUGGCAGGAGCUGCUGCUGUGGGAGGGAGCCGCAGCCUUCCUCCAAUAGUGCAGCUCUGAAAGUGAAGAAGUGGACAGUCAGCUUUGCACCACAUCCCAAAAAUGUGUUCUGGGACAAUCUGUCAGUGCAGGGUUUUCCUUGGUACAUGCGCUACAUCAUGCUCAACUCCCUUCUCUUCUUCCUGCUCACCUUCCUAACAACUCCUACCAUCAUUCUCAACACCAUUGACAAGUUCAACGUUACUAAGCCCAUCCACUAUCUCAAUAGUCCUAUCAUCAGUCAGUUCUUCCCUACUCUCAUGCUGUGGAUCUUUUCUGCAUUGCUGCCUACCAUAGUCUACUAUUCUACUCUAGGAGAGGCACACUGGACCCGGUCCAGCGAGCAGCUGAGCAUGAUGCGUAAGCUGUACUUCUUCCUGCUCUUCAUGGUGCUCAUCCUCCCCUCUCUCGGACUCACCAGUCUUGCUGUGUUUUUCCGCUGGUUCUUUGAUAAAGAGUUUCUCUCAGGUGGGAAGCUAAGGUUUGAGUGUGUGUUCUUACCUGACCAAGGUGCAUUUUUUGUCAAUUACGUGAUUGCGGCUGGACUGGUGGGUUCUGGGAUGGAGUUGCUGCGGUUGCCAGGUUUGCUGCUCUACACCGUUCGUAUGGCGCUUGCACGAUCUGCCGCAGAAAGAAAAUAUGUUAAACAGAACCAGGCCUAUGAGUUUGAAUAUGGAGCCAUGUAUGGAUGGACCUUAUGUGUGUUUACUGUCAUUAUGGCAUACAGCAUAAUUUGUCCUAUUAUUGUGCCUUUUGGUCUCUUAUACAUGUUGUUGAAGCACCUGGUGGACAAACACAACCUGUACUUUGCCUACCUACCUGCCCGCCUAGACCGCCAAGUCCAUCUGGGAGCUGUCAAUCAAGCUCUGUCAGCACCAAUCAUCUGCCUGAUAUGGCUUUAUUUCUUUUCUGUCCUCAGAACAGGUUUCUGGGCUGCCACAUCUCUGUUCACCCUGGUGGUCCUGACCAUCACUGUCUUCAUCUGUGUCAGCUACACCUGCUUUGGCCAUUUCAAGUACCUCAGUCCACACAACUAUGAGGUGAAAGAUGAUGAUGAGGACAAAGCUGAGGGAUCGGAAGAAAAUACCAUGGUCUACCUUCCCAGGGUGCUUAAUCCCAAAUCACCUGCCAGCACCACACAGGCGAGUAAACUCCAGCAGUCUUAUGGCUCUGCAGGGAACAGCACAGAGUAUGCCUCCAGCCCAAUGGAGGGCAGCAUGUCAGAUAGCUGAGUCAGUGUAUUUCAACACUGAGUCAAAGUUGAAUGUUUAAGCUUAAUGUGUAAUGCCCUGGAUUCCUGAUUGUAAAUAUGCGUACUUAAAAAUAAUUUCAGCAUUGAUGUCAGAGUCUGAAUUCACCUCCACCCUACUGCUCAGUCAGACAUGGCCUGUCCUAAUUAGAGGAAAUCUCCAGAUGGAAAGAGAGAAGACCAUGCAAUAGAUCCCAAAGCAUAUGUACCUAUCCACUUUUGUAAAGAUAAGAGGUUAAAGUAUCAUGUAAGACACUAUGUCCAAGAUCAGUUACCCUACAGGAGAAAAAAGGUACAUUUUAAUUAAUAUUUGAACCAUUAUUUGCACUUGACCAGAGUAGCACAUCCAUAAGAAACCUGCAAAGUCUUCUCUCUCAGUCUUGUCUAUUAUAAAGAUUAUAAAGUAGUACAUUUUUUAUUUUUUGCUGUAUACAACCUCUUUGAUAAGGACCAAUUCACCAAAAAAUGCCUUGACAUUAAGAAGAAGCCAUAAUGU